AUGGACCCCCAAACCCAGCAGACGAACGCUACUGACGAGAUUCCUAACGAUCCGGGGAAAAUGUUUAUAGGAGGUCUGAGUUGGCAAACGACAGCAGAUGGUCUCAGGGAGUACUUUGGAAAAUUUGGGGAGAUUAAGGAAGCUAUGGUCAUGAAAGACCCUGCAACAAAACGUUCACGAGGGAGAAAGAGAGGCACACGCGCAUUUGCGCUAGAAAUAUUUGUAGUUUCUCGUGUUUCUCUCUCUCUCUCUCUCUUUUUCUUUUUCUUUUUCUUUUUCUUUUUCUUUUUCUUUUUUGUAGUAGUCAGUUUCGGGCUUUCUUUGUUUGCGCGCGCACGCAGCCUCCAACAAAUAACACCUCUGUUUUUUGUUCAUGAGGAUGAUCGGGCAAUGGCGCCAGGAGUGGGUUCAAGCCGGGAUUGUGAAUCAAGGACGUUGAAGCAACACAGUCUUCCCUUUGAUCAUUCUCUUUUCUUUUCUCUUUUCUAUCUAUUUUGCGUCCACCACAUCGUCUCUCAUUGUUUUUCUUUUCUUCUUUGUUUCUCAACACAUUUCUUUUUCCUUCUUUUCCUUCUCUUUAUUUUUUUUCUUCUCUGUUUCCUUCUCAUCCUCUUUGGUCUUUUGGUCCCCCGCCUCCUCUUUGGUCUUUCUUUUUUUUUUUUUUUUUUUUUUUUCCUCUUUGCCCCCCCCCCUCUUUGGUCUCUCUCCCCCCCUCCAUUUCUCUUUGAUUUUUGUUAUCUCUCUAUUCUGUUUUUCCAAGAAUUGAAACUUGCCUCACCAUCCUCGUCUUUCUCAACAUGCCUAAGUCUUGUUCUUCCGUUUCCAUUUUUACGUUUCUUCAAUCUUUUGUUUGCAGCUGACAAACUGUCUAUUUCGACGGCAUCAUUUUAUUUUACGUUAAAUGCCAACUCUAUCUCUCGUUCUUGGUUACCCACAACGCCAAAUCUAUUUUCGUCCCUCAUUUUAAUGGGACACCAUCCAUCUCGCAUAUUUAUUGGCUAG